AUGAGGUUGGCAGGCCCACUCUGCAUCAUGGCCUUAGUUGUCACUGUGGGUCUCACCUGGAUCGUAGUUGGCAUCCUCCUGGGUGAGUCUACCAGUGGAUUUCCUCGCAUCCAGCAAUUCCUCAACAACUCAGAAAGCUCUGUGACUGCAGAACCAUGGGCCAGGAAGUACACAUGUGGCCUGCCCCAGCCAUGUCCUGAGGAGCACCUGGCCUUCUGCAUGGUCAGUGGGGCUGCCAAUGUCUUUGAACUCAAGAUCUGCCUUGAGGACAGGAUGCUCAUGAGCAGUGUCAAGGACAAUGUGGGCCCUGGGCUGAACAUUGCCCUGGUGAAUGGCGUCAGCAGUGAGCUCAUUGAGACUGGUGCCUCCAACAUGUGGGCUGGAGAUGUCAAUGAUCUGUUGAAGUUCAUUCGGCCACUGCAUGAAGGCACCUUGAUGUUUGUGGCGUCCUGUAAUGACCCAGUCACCAAGAUGAAUGAAGAGACCAGGAAGCUUUUCAGUGACCUGAGCAGCAGGAAUGUCAAGGAGCUAGCUUUCCACAACAGCUGAGUGUUUGUGGGGGUAUAGGGUGUGCAGAACAGUAGCCCCCUUGAGCAGCAUGUGAAGAACAGUAAGCACACCAACAAGUAUAAGGGCUGGCCUGAGGCACUGGGGAUGGAAGGUUGCAUCCCACAGAGAAGUGUGGCCAGGUAG